CUGAUGACUGCUGACUGCCUUUGUUUAUUGUUUAUGUACGAACGAAUUCAACAGAAUGCAACUCCUCAACUGGCCGCCCUCUCAACAUAUCAAUUUUACUUUUGCUUUCUCCACCAUAAUAAUAUCAUUCGUCUCUACUAUAUCUGCAAAUACUACACCCCCUAUUUAGGUCAUUUCGUUGAUCCUUCUUUCUGACUUCCUAUUUAAAAAGUUUUAUUUCAAUACUUUUGCCUUUUUCUUACAUAAUAACUAAAUAAAUAAAAUCCAUCUGGGCUUUACUGAAACAGAGUAGAUGGGAAUUUCAUCAGAGAUGAAGGAGUCGUGGGCAAAGCGAAGAGAGUCAUUGUUGAUUGCUUCUGCAUUUGAGGAGGACAGAAUUCGAAAGUCUAGGGAAUGUACUCAAGAGGGUGUCCGUGCAGGGACUAAAGCAGCUGCAGUUGCAUGUGUUGCUAGUGCAAUUCCUACGCUUCUAUUGCUGCAUACUUCAUUACUGCUGACAAGACAAUCUUGGAGUGCGCAAGGAGAAACACACACUACGAUAAAUCUGCUUAAGAUGCUGAUCAGGAGAUCUGAAUAUGCGUGUUGUGAGAGCAUAUACUGGUGCUCCUUUACUUUGUACUCCGUCUUAAAGGAUAUCUAUGGAAGUUUUAUGAAUUUCUUCAUAUUCGCACACGUGUACUAGUUUGGAUUUGCAUCAUUUCUGAGUGAUUUUCUUCUUCCUUCUGUGAUAAUCUUGUUACAUGUUCUUUUUUUCCUGCCUUAAUAGAUCAAGGAUUGGAGGAAGAAGUGGUAUGUCCGCGUCAUUCGCAGAGGACAAUCUAUCAACUUGUCAUAUAAUAAUUUCCUGGUGUGUUCAGAUUUUGAACUGUAGAAAGUCAUAUGUAGGGUUUUAUUGAAUCUGUUUCCUUGGAACUUUUUGCAAGUACAAACGAAUUAAUAUCAUGCUGGUUAGCAUGAAAAUAAUAAAGAAACAAAUGUCUUCUCGGGGAA